GGUGGCAGACGGCAGUCCGAAAAAUAAUAGGUACUAUCUUCAAUUGUGAUGCCAACUGCUUGGCACUGAAGGGUGAGUGACGAGUGUUCAGCUCGAGCCCGUCAAAAUAAUGGAUAAUAGAUAUGAUUUUGAGUUUAUAACGGUCUCUCACUCAUUUGUCGUGUAACUUUUUUCGUAAUAUCACGAAUUUAGCAUCUCAGUAAAUUAGUUCAUGAACAAAACCGAAAAUGAAGAGAGUUGUGAGUCAACCACAUAAAAUUCAAAAAAAGUAUGGAGUAGAAGAUGUUGUGAAAGAUCCUAUUCAAGUUUAUUGUCGAAUUCGUCCUGUUCAGUCCAAUUUAGAAUCUUCAUGUAUAAAAGUUGUAUCAGACACUGAAAUACAAAUAUACUGCGCUCCAGAUGAUAGAGGAAUAUCUAGAGAAGGACAAUUCAAUUACAAGAAAAUAUUUACUGAACAUGAGUCCCAAGAAGUCGUCUUUCAAGAUAUGGCAUUGCCACUCAUUGAGCAACUUUUGACAGGAAAGAGUAGUUUAAUAUUUGCAUAUGGAAUAUCAGGUAGUGGCAAAUCUUAUACAAUGACUGGUAACCAGGAAGAUGGUGGUAUUGUUGGAAGAUGCUUUGAUGUCAUAUUCAAUUCUAUUCAAAAUUACCAAGCUAGAAGAUUUACUUUUAAACCCGAUAAACUUAAUGGAUUUGAUGUAUAUAGUAUGGAAGACUUUUUGUUUUAUUCUUCUGAUGAAUUCAAAAACAAUGUUAAAAACCCUAUAAAAACAACAAAAAAAAGAGAUGGAGAUGCAGAUCGUUUACCAUUUAAUUAUAAAGUUAUAGAUAUAGAACAAGAUGUAGCAUAUUCAGUAUUUAUAAGCUAUGUAGAAAUAUAUCAUAAUUAUGUUUAUGAUCUUUUAGAAGAUGUAUCUGAAGGAGAAAUAAGACGAAACAGUAAAAUAAUAAGAGAAGAUGCUAAUGGAAAUAUGUAUGUGCAUGGAGUAAAUGAACAAGAAGUAAAUAAUGCAGUUGAAGCUUUUGAAUGGUUAAGAAAAGGACAAUUAAGAAAGCGUACUGCGCCAACCUUUUUGAACAUGGACUCCAGUCGCAGUCAUACAGUUUUUACUAUUAGAGUUGUACAAGCACCUUUAGAUACUGAUGGUGUAAGUAUUAUUCAAGAUAAGAAGUAUACAGUUGUAAGUCAACUGUCUCUAGUUGAUUUAGCUGGAAGCGAACGAGCUGGGAAAGCAAAGACAACUGGACAAAGACUUCAAGAAGCUGGAGAAAUAAAUAAGUCACUAUCAAAUUUAAAACAAUGUCUUAAAAUAUUAUAUGAAAAUCAGUCUUCUAGCAAUUUAAGGAAUAUUGCUGAGAAAAUCCCAUACAGAACAUCUCGUCUUACACAUCUGUUCAAAAGUUUCUUUGAAGGUUCUGGUUCAAUCAGAAUGUUGAUUUGUGUUAACCCUAUAUCUGAAUAUACAGAGCUUUUGCCUGUACUGCAAUUUGGGGAAAUAUCUGGAAGUAUUCAAGUUAAACGAACGACCCCAUUACGUAUGGAUAUUGGUUUGACUCCAGGACGAAGAAGAGUCAUUGAUAGUCAAUCUGUAAAUCGCAUUCAGUGUGUAAUUGAGGAAGGCACUAGAUUUCCACAAGACAGUAUAAUUAACUAUGAAACAAAAGAAAACUGUUUUAGAAGCUCUUUAAAUUUGGGACCUCUGUUGCCAGAUUUAGAAGUAGAUGAUUUACUAGAUGAUGAGAAGAGACAACAGCUUAUUACUGCUCUUGAUCAGAGAAUAAAAAUAAAGGAAGAACUUCGUGAAAUAUUAAUUACAAACAAUAAUGACAUACGGUCAAAAAUUGUGUUGCUGGAAAGCAAUUAUGCAGAAGGAAAAACAGAAAUAAAAUCAUUGCAAACUCUGAGAGAUGAAGAUAUCAAAAUUAUUAAGCAAUAUCAAAACAAAUCAUUUUUACUAGAAAAUGAAAUGGCAUCAUUAAAAAGAAAAUUAGAAUUUAUGGAUUGUGAAAACAAAAGAUUAAAAUCAGAUUUAUAUGAAAAAGACAAUAUGCUUAACAUAAUGGAAGUAGAUAAAGAUUUGCUAAAACAAAAAUAUAAUACUAAAAUUGUUAAAAACCAAGAACAAUUAUCAAGAGAUUUUAAAAACAAAUGGAAAGAGCAAGAAAAUGAGUUUGAAGCAAAAUUACAAGAUAAGAAUUACAAAUUAAGACACAUCAGAAAUAUAGUGGAAAGCACAGAAAACAUUUCUAGCCAUUGUUCCAGGCGUAUUGUAAAAAAAACCUUGUCUGAUGAAAGUUUAAACAAAAUACAGCCAGCCUUGAGUAAUGAUAAUAAACCCUCAGAUUCAAACCAAAAUGAGCCAUCACAACCAACACUAAGAUAUUUACAUUCAAGAAGAUCUAAAUCAUGUGACCCACAUGAAUGUUGGAUCGAACACAAACCCCCAGUGCCUGUUCCUUUGCAAACUAUCAUGCAACCCAUGUUGAAGAAGUCCAAAUCAGUUAUCAAGUUGACAGAUGCCAAAACAAUAUCAGAUAAUGGUGCAUCAAAAUAUUGUUUAUUGACACAAGGAUCAGAUGAACAAGGCAUUUCGGAAGCUAAACUAUAUAAAGCCGACAUCAUCCAAACCCUGGGAGGAGGUGCCCAAGUUAUAUUUAAUGACAUAGAAACAUUAAAACAAGGUUCAUCAUUUGGUGGAUUUUCGGUGGAAACCCAUAUUGAGCCAUAUAAUAAUGAAACAAAGGCUGAUAGAGGUAGUCCUGAUGAUGGACCAGCAAAAUGUUAAGGAAUACAGGUGGGAUUUACUCCUACAAAAAAAUAAUAUAAAAUAAAUUAUUGUUCAUUACAAUGAAUAGUAUACCAAAUUUAUAGAAGACUGGCAACGCAUGUGAUAUCAAUUAUACAUAUUUUUUUCAUACAUAUAUAUAAACAUAGAUUGUACAUAACAUUACUUUAAGAACUUUGCUAUUGUGCACAACUUAAUAUUUGUAAAUAGUACAGAACAUUAGAGCAAUUGAUUGCUGCAGUAAGGAAUCGAUUCCAUACAAAAUAGCAUCUCAAUAAUAGUUUCAGUUCUACGUCAAUGUUAAUACAAUUUGCUUUUCAUUCACGAUAAAAUCAAUUCUUUUGUUAUAAUUUUUUGGCAUUAUUUAAUUAUUGUUUGUAACCCAGUUUUCAUUGCA